GCGCCCAGCCAAUGGGCGACGUGGACGGGGGCAGGUGGUGGCGGUCGCUGGCCGGCUGCUCGGUGUCAUGGUGUUGUCUUGCUCCGCUUACGGCUGCAAGAACCGGUAUGACAAGGAUCGCGGCACUUCCUUCCACAGGUUUCCUCUGAAGCGACCAGAGCUCUGUAAGAAGUGGUUGGCUGCAGUAAGGAGAAGGAAUUUUAUACCCACCAAAAACAGCAAUUUGUGCUCAGAACAUUUCACUCUGGACUGUUUUAGAAAGAACUGUAACAAUAAAAUACUGGAAGAAAAUGCCGUGCCAUCCAUAUUCUGUUUUACCCGACCAAAUCAACAACCAAAGAAGUUAGAAACGGCAUUACCAAGAGACCAACCUCAGGCAACAGAGGAAAUUAUGGAGGGAUCCAAAUUGAAUCAAAAGCAUGGACUCCUAACUGUUUUUGACCAUAGCUAUAGUGUUCGAGAUGCGUGCUUACAAAAGAAAAAGAUUCAGCAGUUGGAGGAACAAAAUGAGAAACUAAAGACGAAACUGAGAUUCUUACAGCAGAAAUCUCGCCGCCAAGAACAACGAUUACAAAGAAUGAAGAAGCUAUUACAGGAACUUAAUUCACGAAAGAUGUUACCACAUAAAACCUGUGUGCUGUUAAAUAACACUUUGUAUGAAUUAAUUAAACUUUAAAUGUAAUUUGUUUACCAGUAUCACAUUUGUUAUAUAAUGUAGAAUCAUAGCUGAGUAUCUUUUACUACCCUUGAUGGUAGGGUUUAAAAUAAAAAAAUCCUCAAGGUUG